AUGAAAGCAAAACCAUUUGCCCUCUCUGAAAUACUCUGGAAAUUCCUUUUGGUGGUGACGUCUUUUUUAAAAGCUCAUGUGACCCAUUUGUUUGUUAUUAUUUUUGUGCGUAUGUUGAGAGCCUUUGUCUACAAUAAGUGUGACCUUGUGCAUUCUUUGUAUUUUAUGGCAGGAAAGAUACGGCACUGGUCCUAUGAGACCUCUACCGCGGACUGGAUCCCAGAUGAACCACCACAGGGACCCGACGUCGGGUUGACCAUCAAUGCUGUACUGAAGAUCAUCUUCUACAUUGCCGUGAUCAUAAUUGGGCUGAUAGGGAACGGUCUCAUUCUAGGCGUGUACUGGCCCAAGCCUAAUAAGACGAGUACCCACAUCCUGAUCAUGGGGCUGGCCGGGAUGGACUUCACCGUCUGCCUAAUGAGAGUCUACAACCUUACCGUCUAUGUAUUUGUUCUAGAAAACAAGAAGACACCAUCGGCGCUUGAAUACCUCGGAGCCAUUGGCUUGGUGAAUGUGUUCGCCUCUUCUGUGUUGACCGGCUUCAUUGCAGUGGACAGGUACGACUGUGUGUGUCGCCCGAGAAACCGUUUGCUGAACCGCUUCAGAGCCAAGAUGAUGAUUCUCAGUGCGUACGCUGGGGCGAUGCUCUUUGCUAGUCCGCGUAUACUGGAGAUCAUCUGGCUGCCAUCCACACUCGCGUUACAACGGACUUUUUUGAUAUUUCAAUUUGUACUGUAUAUCUUUGUGCUAGGUGCCAUUUGCGUCUGCUACGGGCAUGUCUACAAUACCAUACGAAAGCAUGUGAAAGUAAAUGUUCUUAGUCAGCGUCCUGCACAAAAUGAUUUGUCGGUCGCAUCCUCCUCUCAACAUGCUACGAUACCAGCCAUUGCAGUCAAGGUACCACUCUCAGGGCCCUCAAGCGGUGAUGGCGGCCAACCUUCCACGUCAAAACAACAAGAGACCACCGAAACAAUCGACACACCAGCAGGCGUAGCCAAUGAGUCCCUUCACCGAAAAGACCAGUCUGCUACUCAAGGUAACGAUAACUCAACCCAAACUAACCGUCCACCUGAUGGGAACGUGAAACCAAACAAACCCAAGAAAGGCAAAGAUAAAACUGUCUCACUUCAACGUAAGACCACUAGAAUGAUGUUCGGGACCAGCGUCGUACUCCUAGUGACGUGGUUCCCAUAUUGGCUGUACGUAGCCUUAAAUCUGGCCCGAGUCUACGGAGCUAUAAUCUCCUUUAACGUCACGAGGGCAGUGUACUACUUUACUAUCACUGUGUACAUAAAUAACAUUUUGAAUCCGUUAAUAUAUGGUCUUGCGAAUAGACGAUUUCGGAAGGAUUGUCUGUCCGCAUUGAAGAAGAUGAGAAAGUGUUAA